GUCACCUCCCUCUCUCCCUGUCCCACUCUAUCUCACUUUCCCUCUGUGCUCUACCUAAACAAAUUACUCCCUAUCUCUGCGAGCGUGCUGUGCAGUUGUGUCGGCGCGUGGAAGCCUGUGGGACGAGCUGCUUUAAAAUGAGAAAGGAGGGCAGGUUAACUCGGUGGAUCGGAUGGACUGUGGUUGUGGCAGGUUUGUUGUUGCUUGGUUUCAUCAUAGGCUGGUUUGCAAAGCCCACACGUCCAAACACUCCAAACGAUACUGCUUCCGGCAAGUAUCUACGGGAGUUUCUGGAUGAAAUGCGGCCAGAGCAGAUCAGAGAACAUCUCAGGAAAUUUACACGACUCCCACAUCUCGCCGGUACAGAGCAGAAUCUGAAAUAUGCAGAGCAGAUCAUGAAAGAGUGGAAGGAGUACGGCCUGGACUCAGUGGAGAUGGUGCCCUACGACGUCCUGCUGUCCUAUCCCAACAAAACACAGCCGAAUUACAUCUCGAUAAUUGAUCAGCUUGGCAGUGAGGUUUUUAACACUUCCUUGGCUGAGCCUGUUCCUGAGGGUUAUGAAGAUGUGUCUAACAUCGUGCCACCAUACAGCGCCUUCUCUCCCAAAGGACAACCUGAGGGGGAUUUGGUGUAUGUGAACUAUGGUCGAACAGAAGACUUCUUCCAGUUAGAGAGAGACAUGGGGGUCAAUGCUACUGGGAGGAUUGUCAUCGUCAGAUAUGGGAAAAUAUUCAGAGGCAAUAAGGUGAAAAAUGCCAUGUUAGCAGGAGCAAAGGGGAUCAUUAUGUUCUCAGACCCAGCAGAUUACUGGGCUGCCGGAGUCCAGCCAUAUCCUGAUGGUUGGAACCUACCCGGUGGAGGAGCUCAAAGAGGAAAUGUUCUCAACCUGAAUGGAGCAGGAGACCCACUCACACCAGGGUACCCCGCUAAAGAAUAUACCUACAGGUUAAGUCUCGAGGAUGGAGUAGGUCUUCCCAAGAUUCCUGUGCAUCCAAUUGGCUUCCAUGAUGCAAUCAACCUGCUGAAGAACAUGGGAGGACCGAUUCCACCCAACAACUGGAAAGGAGCUCUGAAUAUCUCCUACAGGAUCGGACCAGGAUUUACGGAUGACUUCAAACGCCAGAAGCUGCGUAUGAACAUCCACAGUAACAACCAGAUAACCAGAAUCUACAAUGUCAUUGGCCGGAUUAGAGGAGCUCUGGAGCCAGACAGGUAUGUGAUUCUGGGAGGGCACCGGGACGCCUGGGUGUUCGGAGGAAUCGACCCCAUGUCUGGAGCUGCAGUGGUUCACGAGACUGUCAGGAGCGCCGGCAGGCUGAUCAGUAAAGGAUGGAGGCCUCGGAGGACUUUAAUAUUUGCAAGUUGGGAUGCAGAGGAGUUUGGAUUGCAGGGAUCUACAGAAUGGGCAGAGGAUAACGCCAAGCUGCUGCAGGAGAGAGCUGUGGCUUACAUUAAUGCCGACUCUGCCAUUGAGGGAAUGUACACACUGAGGGUUGACUGUACUCCGUCUCUACACACGCUGGUGUAUGACCUCACCAAACAGAUAGCCAGUCCAGAGGAAGGAGAGGAAGGAGUUUCUUUGUACGAGAGUUGGCAUAAGAGGGACAACUGGACGGAUAACCGUGAUGCACCCAGGAUCAGUAAACUGGGGUCAGGCAGUGACUUCGAGGCCUAUUUUAUCCGUCUGGGAAUUGCUGCAGGCAGAGCCAGAUACACCAAGAACAAGAAAACAGAGCGGUACAGCAGCUAUCCGGUGUAUCACAGUGUUUAUGAGACCUUCGAGGUAGUGGAGAAGUUUUACGACCCCUCCUUCAAGAGGCUUCGGGUGGUGGCCCAGGUGAGAGGGGGGCUCAUCUUCCAAUUGGCUGAUUCCCAGCUGCUCCCUCUCGAUGUUAACCAGUAUGCAGACGCGCUCGGGAAGUACGCUCAGAGCAUCGCACAGCUAGGACACAGGCACCCAGAGGAGAUGAACACGUACAGGGUGUCGUUUGAUUCCUUGUUUUCUGCUGUGGAGAACUUUACUGUUGCAGCGAGGGACUUCCAUGAGCGCCUGCAUACUCUCAACAAAGCAGAUCCUCUGCAGUUACGUAUCGUGAAUGAUCAGCUCAUGUAUCUGGAGAGAGCCUUCAUAGACCCCCUAGGCCUACCUGGCAGACCGUUUUACAGGCAUGUGAUUUUUGCUCCCAGCAGCCACAAUAAAUAUGCAGGGGAGUCUUUCCCUGGAAUCUACGAUGCAUUGUUUGACAUCCAGAACUCAGCUGAUAAACAGAAGUCCUGGGAGGAAGUCAAGCGUCAAAUCAGCAUCGCAGCAUUCACCGUUCACGCUGCUGCCAUGACCCUAACUCCACCUGCAUGACGCAGGCACAGACAAUCUGAAGCCAUGUGAUUAUGCUAAUUAAUUAUUUUAUAAUAACGGAUUCUGAAGCGAGGAAAUACGCUCCGUGAAACACAGAGAUGGACAAUCCCUGUUUUCUGAACAUGUCAUGUUCCAGGAAUGCCUGUUCAGUGAUACAGUGAAUCUCUGAGUGCCAUUUUCAGAGUACAACUUUCUGGUGUUUUAUGUUAUUAUUAUUUUUUAACUGUUUGAUGUUUUGUGAAUGGGGAGCAUAAUAAAAUAAAUCCAUCAUUUGCAUGGAGGCA